UCCGGAUUGACAGUUACUUUUCUGCGCAGCUUGUAACACUCCGUGUUUGGGAAUUGUUUUUUAUUUAUGUAGUUUAAGUUUGCUGAACGUACAAUAUGCAUUCUUAGCAUACGGAACACUUGGUAAUGCAGAGAUCCGGAGAUCGCAUCCUCCGGUUUUUUCGGCAGGUUUUAAAAAAGCCCUGACGCGCUCCCCCGAACGGCUGGACAAGAUCACGCUGCUGCAGCCCAACUGUCGAGGAGAUCCUCGCGUCAUUUACCUGAUGCCCCAGAUUUCGGCAAACGCAAGCGAAAUCCGCGUGGCCCUAAUGCAACGAGUUUUUGGAUAAACGCUCACGCUGAAGCAAUCCCUGGGGAACUAGAAUCAAAAUUUGGUUCGUGAUACUUUCGCAUUCUGCCGGAGGACUGAACCUGUUUUCGUACAAACUGAUUUCUCCGGCUUUUCAGCGACCAGGAACCGCCUUCAUGGUGCCUUGGUUGCCAUGGGCAAAGAGGCGGGCCGCGGGCAGAAAAAAGUUUCCAGUUAUAAUUUUAACAACGUUCAAUCUGCCCAUGUUCCGAACGAUUCUUCGUCCAAGCAUGAAGCGGUUGUCCCGGCGGCCAGUUUCCGACGAGCAGAAGGCUCAGGCGCAGGCGCAAGCUCAAAUACGGACACAACACCAAAAUCAAAACCAAGACCAAGACGCGGUAGAAAUAUAUCUGUCAGUGGCCACCAUCUCGUCGCUGACACAAUCACAGCUGCAAGCACAACCACAUUUACGGCCAGACUCUCCGCCGCAAGAUCAGCAGGCGGACAGCGAGCAAAACAAGGAGGAGGCGCCAGGGGCAAUCGAAACUGGUGCCCAAGGCGACAACGAACAGUCGGACAAUGAGGUGGGGCCCGCUUCCUCAACGACACCCAUCGAUGCCAGCAGGGGCCAGCCCGAUGGUGGUAAUCCUGCACAGCUAAAGGCGCUGGCCGGUCGCCAACAGAUCGCCAGGCUACUCACCCGUUUCGGCGACUGCGCAGAGGGCGUUGGUGAGGCCAAUCAGAUCAUAAUGGAGCUGCUCGGCAGCAGCGACGGUGCCUCAGUGCCUUUGCCACCGCCCUCGGCCAUAGAGCGCGUUUCCGAGCAGCUGCUGCGAGUUCUACGGGAGCAGACUCUGAUUGAUGCGGGUAUCGUCACCGGCAACGAGCGGUAUCGUUGUUUCAAGUCCGUGCUUCAGAACUACGCGAAGAUCUAUGCGGCUCGCCGCUUCAUGGAGCAAAUGCCGCAACUGGGUCAGCUUGGCCGCGAUGCAGACGUAGAGCAGGAGCUGUUCGCUCGCGUUGUAGCCGAAGAAUUGCUUCAGAUACCGGAGCUGCUGCGCCAGCUCUGGGUGUCGCUGGAGAAAAUGGAAUUCUUCAACGAGGACACCGCCUUUAAGGCGUACUUGGAAGCUCGGCGCCAUCCACAUGCCCGCAUUCUUUGCGAGCUCAUGCUUACCCGCAUAUCUCGCGUUUUUCUGUGCAUUGUCUGCUCCACAUUCUUUCUGGAGUUUACCGAACACGAGCUUAGGCACAUCCUUCGAAACUGUUACCUUAGUGUCAACUCGGAGAUAGAGAUAUUUUUGUCUGUGGUGCUCUGGCUAGAGCACAACUGGUUCGAGCGAGGCAACUGCGCCGAACGCAUCCUGUCCGAGGUGCGCUUUGCCCUGAUGCCCACCUGGUACCUGUGCACCUUGGAGAGGGCCAACUGCUGCCGGCACUUUGCCCGGGUGAUUCACACCCCAGGAGUUCAGCGCAUGAUUGAGCAGGGCCGUGAGGAGGCCGUGACCCUGAAGAGAAAACCACGCCCAUGCAGCGUCGCUGGAGGACCAACUACUGGCCAACAGCGACAGCUAGAUCAGCCCCAGAAGGAGGCACGCUUGGCACGUGACUGGAUUGCAGACACUGAGUGCCGCUACCACCAUAAACGCCACUGCGAGCGCUUCGUUUACCCCACCUACGACGCGUUCAAGGAGUAUCUGUCCCGGAUCAUCUGCUGCGCACCCAAUUACUGGCGCACAUUUCGGCCCGCAAAGGAGGUUUACCGCAGCGACUUCCGAUGUUGCCUGCUUCCACACUUUAACUAGGUCCUGCCCCUUUUUCAGUCGCUGUUACUGUUCCGCCAUCUUCCCGCUAUGCGGGUUAACUUUUUAUGUGCGAGGAUCUACUUCGGAGCGUGCGCGAGUCUGUCCGUUACCGUGCCCCAUGUUGACUGUCCUUUUAACACCCCGAAUUCUAAUUCCCCGGCAAGGCCAAAGGCUACAAAUGUCUCGGUGGCCUAGCCGAAAAUAUAAGCAUUUCUUACAAUUUAA